CCACCGCGACUCCGCCGUGAUGGUGUCGCCAUCACUCACCAGCAACAGAACCCUCUCUUUUCCCCUCCGUCGUUCCCGCCAGAUCGUCUCCCACCUGAUCUUCUUCUCCUUCGUUUAGCAGUCAUUCGGUAAAAUUCCAAUAAUAAACUCAUGAUUGCCGCUGCCUCGCCCAAUAACAUGUCCCUCCAUGCUUUCCUGCGAAAUCGAAUCUCGUUCAAGCAAAAGCGUUUGGAGGAGUGUACGUUCUGUGCACCGCCACCGAGGAAGAGAAGUUGACUCGCCGUUCGCAUCUCAAAUUUCCAAUUGGGAUUUGGAGGGGAAGGAGGGGAGAGGGAGGGGAUGUCUUCAGUUUUGAAAGCAUUGCCUCUGCUACUAACUAUUUUCAGAUGCAAAUAAGCUUGGAGUGGGUGCCUUCGGACCAGUUUAUAAGGGAAUAUUACAAGAUGGGCAAGAAGUAGCAAUAAAGAGACUCUCAAGAAGUUCAGGUCAAGGACUGACGGAGUUCAAGAAUGAAAAGCACUACUGAUUGCAAAGCUCCAGCACACUAAUCUUGUGAGGCUUCUAGGCUUUUGCAUUCAAGGAGAAGAAAAUAUAUCAAUCUAUGAGUAUAUGCCAAAUAAAACCUUGGACUCCUUUCUCUUUGAUCCGGUUACGCAGAAAAUAUUGAAUUGGAAGAGGCGCUUUAUCAUCAUUGGAGGGAUUGCUCAAGGUCUCCUUUAUCUUCAUAAGUAUUCCAGAUAGAGAGUCAUACAUAGAGACUUAAAGGCCCACAACAUUUUGCUUGAGGAUGAGAUGAACCCAAAAAUAUCUGAUUUUGGGAUGGCUAGAAUAUUUGGAGUCAAUGAAUCUGAAGUAAAUACAAAGAGAGUUGUUGGAACAUAGUAAGUAUUCAUACUAGCUCAGCAACCGAGCACAAAAUAGUUUUUAUUAUUAUUAUUUUUUAAUCAGCGAAGGCAACACAAUAUGGUUAUGUGUUUGUGCUUCUGUGUUUGCUGAUUGUGUGUGUUUUUUCCUUCAAAUAAAUGAAAAAACAUUUUUGAUUAUUUCUCUAGUGGUUAUAUGUCCUCGGAAUUUGCUUUCCAUGGCCUUGUUUCAAUCAAAACUGAUGUAUUUAGCUUUGGAGUUAUGCUGCUGGAGCUUGUAAGUGGCAGGAAGAAUAUGAGCUGCUUUCAUGCUGUGCAUCCUCUCAACCUCAUAGGAUAUGCCUGGAGGUUAUGGAUUCAAGGGAGAGGCUUAGAGUUAAUGGAUGCUACUAUGGAUGAAUUUUGCCAAUUUGCCCUCAUAAUCAAAUAUUAAGAUGCAUACAUAUCGGCCUCUUGGGCGUGCAAGACCAUGCCAUGGAUAGACCCACUAUGUCAGAAGCUGUUUCAAUGCUUUCAAAUGAGACAAUGUCGCUGCCAGAACCAAAACAACUGGCAUUUUUCAUCACCACUGCAGUUGUAAAAGAAGCAGGUAUUCCUGAAAUCAAGUCAGAGAAGUGUUCCAUAAAUUAUGUGUCAAUUACUGUGAUGGAAGUUAGAUGAUUGUUUCAUCCACAUGCAGAAUGCUUAUAAGAAAUGUGCAUAUGAUUGUGAUUGGGACAACUAUGAUUUAGUAGCUAGAAUUUCUUCCCUACCUUUUGCUGAGAAAAAUAAAAAGUUGCCCAGAAACCUUUUCUUAAAAUUGAUUAAGUACAUAUAUAUAAACAUAUAUAAUAUAAGUUUCAAAUAUCAAUGUCUCUAACUAUGAGGUGGGAAGUGAUCAAGUCUAAAUCCUUCAAAAGAAGGAUCAGCAAUCUGGGGUGGUGUAGAGGAAGGAUAACCAGUCUGGGGUUGUGUAGCAUUCAUAGAAUAUU